AUGGUUAAGACUACUUAUGCUCUGACGCUCUUUGCAGCUGUCAGCUUGGCUGCCCCCAUCGCCAACCCGGAUGGCAGUGGAAACCUGAUCGGCGCUGGCGCUGACAGCGCGCUUACUGGAGCCGUUGAACAAUUGACCGGCAAGCUCGAUACUCGUGAGACCAAGAAGACCUCAAACGAGCACAAGAACCUUAUCGAGGAAAUUCCAAUCAUUGGAAGCAUGCUUGGAAACAAGCACAGCAGCAAGCGUGCGACAUCCGAUACAAGUGCGGAGCACAAGAACCUCAUUGAUGAGAUCCCUAUUGUUGGAGGUCUCUUGGGUAGCCAUGAACACAGCGGAGGUAACAACGGCUUGCCCGGUACUACUCGUCGAAGCACCAACCAGAACUACCACCAGAACGACGGCCAGAACGAUGGUCAGAAUGACGACCAGAAUGACGGUCAGAACGAUGGUCAGAACGCUGGCCAGAAUGAUGAUCAGAAUGACGGCCAGAAUGAUCUCCAAAACUCCGGUCAAAAUGAAGGACAGAACUCCAAGCGUGACUUGAGUAACUUGAACUCGCUGAGCAGCCUGCCCCUCGUCGGGGACUUAUUCGGAAAGGACAAGGACCAGGGCAAGCCCUCACACCAGCAGACUGAUGGCCCUGCCAAGAAGGUCAUCACUCGUCAGGAGCCCGGCCACGCUAAGGGAAUCUUCGGCAUUCUGGAGUCAAUUACCAGCGGUGGUCCCCAGGUCCAGCACCACCAGCGGUCUUUCACCCCCGAUGAAACCACAGUCGAGGAUGGAAAUGGCAAGCCCAUCGGGGGAGAUAAGAAGGACACCAAGGGAAAGGAUGGCAAGGACAGCAAGAAGCCUGACACCAUUUUCUCCACGCUGAUGGGCCCUGAGGGUCUCGGCUCCCUCAAAGGUAACUCCGAUGGACAUGGUAUUGGGUUGCUCGGCUCGCGUAACACUGAGCAAAUCGAGGCUCGCACCGCCCCCAUCCAGGGCUCAACUCUGACUGAUGUUCUGUUCUCUGGUGGUGCUCUUGGGAAGCUCAGCGACACACUUACUCCUGGUCAACCCAAGCACGAGCCCGGUCAGAGUGAUUCCUACCACGUCGGUGACGGUACUGCCUCUGGUCCUCCUGACCCCGCCUCUGGCGCUGGACCCCACUCUGGCCCUGGAUAUGAUGCUGAGAAGCAGCAAACUGGAGCCUCUAAGCAAGGCUCCAAGGGCUCGCAAGGUUCCUCUCCCCAGGGUUCCUCUUCUGAAGGCUCUAGCCCCCAAUAA